GUGCGACGGUGCUGCUAGUUUAGCAGUUUUCACCCUCUGGAGUAAAAGCGCAAGCGCUAAUGUCCUUUCCCGAAGCUCGGUACUACACGCCAGUAAUCCGUGGAAUGCCAAGGUAGAAGGAGCUAUUUUUUCGAAGAGACGCAGCAGGUAUUACUAGACGCAGCUCCGAAUAGCUUAAGAAUCGAUGGUCGAUCGAAGAAAGGAGAUUGCCGUUGAAAGCAAGAACAGAGACGAAGAUCGAACAGGAUGAAGACGUGGCGCGUCCAAGUAUCGACUUCGUAUGGAACAACCAGUUACAUGGAACGAUCGAAGCAAAACUCGCUUAGAUCGGUUUAAUGUUUUUGCAGAUAAUACAAAUGUCGAUUUCCGUAUCGCAUUCUUUUGAGGAUCUGGGCUAGGAGAGAAAGCGAAAUAAGAUUUUGUGUCAUAACGGUCAUAAACGUAUUGUGAUCCGUUUGACUCUCCUCCUUACCGAUACUCGACUCGGUUUGUUGGAUGAAUAGAACAGAAGAGAAAAGUAGGGAAUAAAGGAAAAGGAAGCGCCGGGAAAUAAGUAUCGAAAUAAGGCGAACGGGCGGAAAGACGGACGUAUAAUAGGACAGAAGAAGUGAUUAAGAGAAAGUACUGAAGGAGUGAAGAAGAAAACCGUUGGCGGAGAGGUGAGAAAAGUGGGCGGCAUUACCAAGAUCAAAUAAAAGAGCCUCGUGACGGAGGGGCUUCGUACGGCCCUGGCGCGACUGCGGCACUGCACCCCCACAGGGGGUUCUCUGCCAAAUACACCGAAUCCGCCUUCCACCCCGGAACAUAGAAAUCACGGAUGUCUGGUGGAUGGUCGCGGGUCGAACCGUAAAAACGGUGGCAGCUCAAGGGGUAGCGAUGGGACCGAUUCGGCAACAGCCGAGUCACAGCAGCAGUCGCAGUCGCAGUCGCAGUCGCAGCCGCAGUCGCAGUCACAAUCACAGUCGCAGUCGCAGUCGCAAACAUCGCGUGUUUCUAAUGCCAGCGCACAUCGUCACAAUGGAACGGAUAAUUCGCGCGAAACCGAUUUGUUGUCUCACGCUGCCUCCGCGUUACGAAGACUGCACUUUAAAUCCGCAGGCGGAAGUCGCAGUUGUCGCACCGUUCCAAAAGUGGUCGUUAUGGGUUCGAGCACCGCUUCCGAGACAACAAUCAACACUAGCACCGACAGCGCCAACACGAUGCUCACCAUGGUGACGACAACGGACGGAGAGCAACCGGACGACAGUUUCGAUUUGAUGGAUAUUCCAUCGGAGAUGUCACCACCGGCUACUACAUCGUCGACCCCGGAGCCGAUUCUAUCGGCUGUAGCUGUAAUCUCCUCACCGCUGCCAGUCCACGCUUCAACCUCUUGUCCGAUCGAAUAUUCGACCCCGGACGAGAAGGGACUUAAAACUGGCGCGACUUUGAGAUCAGAACUUCCAAUCGAUUGUUUGGAUAUUCGAACAUCUAGUGUUUCGAAUCUUCUCGAUGAGACGGAGAUUCCUUCGGUCGAUGCAACGCCUAUUAUCAUCCACGGUACCGUCAACGAGGUCGGUAAGGUUUCCGUCUCCGGAAGAACCCCGCCUCUUCCAGAUCUCCGAGCGACCGAUUUUUUCAGCACACCAGUAAGGGGUUCGAUGGAUGCUGGUCAACCAGACCCGGAUGGUCUAAAUCCGUUGCUAACCUUGCUUGUUGGAAGAUCCCGUGGCGAAGAUGGGAAUCGAGAGAAUCGAAUGGUAAACAACAUCGGUGAGAAGAAAUACGGGGAGGGAAAACCGAAUGUGAAUGUUACGACGAACCCUCUGGACAUAUCGUUGAUAGGGACUUGCACCGAUCAAAGUAACAACGAUCAGUCGUCCGAUGGUCCUGGUAGAACAACCAGUGCCACGAGCAAACCUCGAGGAAAACCCGCCGAAUCGCAUCCCCUCGUUUCAACCAUUCAUUCAUGGGUCAGGCUCUUUUUCCCGUUUUGCGCAAUAGGAGGCAACGCGAGUGGAAAUAAGAGAUCGACGCAAGCGGCAACAAUCGUGGUGCAACAACCGUCGCUGUCAUUGGAUGGAUCAGCCGGAGCUGCAACGAUAUUGCUGCACCCAGAGUUGGACGUUAGACGUCGAGAGGAAAAUAUGAGACAAUUGUUGGAUGUGGCCAAUACCUUGACCUUGCAAGAAAUACACGACUUUGAGAUGAGGUACGGUAGUCCGCACCACAGUCGGUCUCAGUCGGUUAAGACUCCCGGAAGUCGUUCAUCGGGCAGACCAAACUAUCUGUGUCUUCCACAGCAGAGAUCAAGAGUCGCGAGCAUGCCAAAUACCGGUGUUGAAGAAGAGUAUUAUAGACUUCGACAUUUCAGUAUAACUGGUAAAGGAGUUGUAAAUCGAGGAGACUCGUUGAAAAGUCGGAGAUCUCGAUCAAACAAUAGCGUCGCUUCGAGUAACUCGAGCACGGAACAUUUAACAGCUUCGUAUCCUGGAUCGGCAAGAAAUUCUGCAGCGGGAUCGUUGGCGAGUUCCCGCGAAAGCAGCGCGUCUCAGGGACCAACACCGUAUCGCGUUCUAAUGCUGGGAGCUCCAGCCGUAGGAAAAAGUUCGCUGGUUUCUCAGUUUAUGACGUCGGAAUAUCUUCAUGCGUACGAUACAUCGAUUGACGAUGAAUCAGGAGAGAAAACCGUCAGCGUUCUUCUAGCUGGAGAAGAAUCCGAACUGACUUUUAUCGAUCACUCUAGCACUGAGAUGACGCCGGAAACCUGCAUCACUACGUACGAACCACACGCUUAUUGCGUCGUCUAUUCAACGACCGAUCGGGCUUCGGUACGCGUGGCGGAAGAAGUUUUGCAAACACUUUGGCGCAGCGACUACGUGUCGGCUCGAGCGGUGAUCCUUGUUGGAAACAAAGUCGACCUCGUUCGCAGUCGAUUAGUCUCGACCGAAGAGGGGAAAUCUAUGGCUACAUCUUACGACUGUAAAUUUAUCGAAACAUCGGUCGGAAUCAAUCAUAAUGUCGACGAACUUCUCGUUGGCUUGCUUACGCAAAUUCGACUGAAGCUCGAGAACCCUGAAAGAACAAGGGACCUAUUUCGGAAGAGAUCGCGAAAGAAUCGUAGCAAAUCACCUUUAGGAUCUUGUUCUGAAAAUAAUUCACCGAAAAAAUAUCGCGGUAGUCGUACAAGUACCAGUUUAAAGGUACGAAAUUUAUUAGGUAAGGUAUGGGCAAGAGAUAGCAAGUCCAAGAGUUGUGAAAAUUUACACGUUCUUUAAUCGUUUGGACGAAGAAAUGCGACACGACAUUCUAUUCCUACUCGAUCAGAACGUCACUAAAGUUGCUUUCAAUCUGCAAUUUCUUCGUUUUUUACCUUGGUUUCUUCUCUUCUCAUUUCUCUAUCGUUCUCUUCUUCCUGGUAGUUGUUUUUAUCCCUUUUGCCUUCAUUCAUUAUUUUUCCAUCUUUAUUCCAUUUUUCUACAUAACUUCUCGAGCUUCGAUUGCUUUGGAUUUCGCAUCGCGGGGACCAGCAUUCAUCAGACCACUAGUCAAUUCUCUCGUUGUUUCCUAUUUUACUCUAAUCGUAUUGGUGUUGUAAGUUUUAAUGGAAUCGGUUUAUUGGAUAAAAUACGGUCCAUCUAAAUACAUACACGAUCUAAUAGCUUGAAAAGCGUUUAUAAAGACGUUUUUGCGAAACUUUAACUACGUUUCGACAGUGGAGUGCGUGUCAAGGACUCACGAAUAGAUCGAAACCUCGAGUAUAAAAUAAUUCGAACGAGUUUUCUCGGUUUCUCUCUAAUUCCUCUCUGAAACCAACUGUUCCAAUCUCGAAAUUAUAAAAAGCCGAAAGCAUUGUGUGUCACUUACAUAUUUCGAGCUCUUUAUUUUAGCUUGUUCACCUCUUCUCUCUCAAACUCUUUCUCUUACAUCAGUCUUUUUUUGUUGUGGUGCAAUCAGUUUUAUCGAUCUCUUUACUCUUCGCAUGUUUGAUAUACAUAUGUAUAUAUUACUCCCGUUCUACGAUCCAAACGCGAAAAAGUGAACCAAUGUUCUUAUGUUUUUCAAGCUCGCACGAUCGAUGCACAGCCAUAAUCACAUUAGGAUUAUUUUCUUCAAAUUUCACUACAUACCAGGAGUGAAAACACCAUUUACAUUAUAUAUCUCUACAUUAAUAUUAAAUCGACAAUAUACAUAUAUAUGUAUGUAAGCAGUUACUUCGUCUUUCGCAAUUCCACAACUUUCCUACAUUGGGUUUCGUCGUUACGUUAGUUGUCACGCAAAUGUUGAUUGAAUGGUUGAUUGGUUGAACGCAAUCGUGAACAAACAGUACAAAAGUUUGUCGCCUUACUUCGUUCGUCACUUAAAUGAUACAGAGAAUAAGAUAGAGAAGGAGCGAGGGAAAAAAUAAGAGCCGAAAGGAAAAUGAUAAAACUAAAAAAUGGAAAAAUAAAAGGUACACGUGCCGAUUUUUUAUCUCGCAAACCAACGUUGAAUUGUGUUUCUUAUUAAUCUGUUACGAUAUAUUAUGAAAAUUUAUAGAAUAACAAACGCGUUUUUUCUUGUUUGUUAAUCGCGAAGCGAAAAAAUUGUAACGAAUCGAGUUGUAUCGCUCGAGCAAACAGAUCAGUUUGCGUUUAAGUACAUACGAAGAGAAAGAAGGAUUUACUUAAUAGAAAAGAGACAGGGAAACAUAAAAAGGGGAAAAAAGACAAAAUCACACAUUUAGAGUACGAUAAGUGCAUAAAUACAAGUUCACAUGUGAGAUUUUGUUCGUUUACGAGAUUUUGCAGAUAUGACGGAUUUUUGGAAGACUGUCCGGUAAAUUGUAUUACUCUUUAAGUAUACAACCAAUUUUACCUUAGUCUGUAUUGUUACCUUAUAAUAACCUCCCGUCCAUCGACUAGAAAGAAAUUUCUACGAGCCAUGGCAAUCGUUUAAAUCGCCAUUACUGCAUGGAAUCGUAACGAACGUAUCGGACAUUUCGAGUACACGAAUGACCAUAAAUUAGUCGUUAAGAACCGCGCUACUUGUUUCCGCGAAAAGUUUCCAUUACUUUUCGUGCCGAAACGAACUGUAAUUGUACCGUGCUGUACCGCGCCGUACCAUGCCGUGCAUCGUACCAAAUUUUAACUUUUAACCUUUCAAAGCGCAUGUGCGAGACUGAUUUUCAUUCGAUUUCGAAUAUCGAACGAUACCGCUGACGAACGGGCGUUUCGUUUCUUUGAGAAAAUUGUUUGCGAAAUAAACUACAUGUUCCGAUAAGAACAAACGUCGUCGAUGCGCGCAUGCUCUUUUACUUGUACUUUUUUCUCUUUUUCGAGAAAAGAUCGUCCUCUGCUCUUCGCUAGGCCGUAUUAACGACGAGAGCAGCGACGUUAAACGACAAGGACAUGCAAAAGGAAAUUGAGAAUGAGAGGGCAAACUGUAAUCGAAAGGACCAAUUUGAUAAGAAAUAAGAUGUGCAAAGAAAAAUAAAAAGAAAACAUUAUGACUUUCAUGAGUAGACUACGAUGGGAUGAGAAUGGGGAUGAUGGGGAGCGUGCGAGCGAAAGAGAGAGAGAGAGAGAGAAAGAGAGAGAGCGAGCGAGAGAGAGAGAGAAGG